GAAAUUACUUGCUAUAGCAAGGAUAUAAACAACACUUGCAAUAAUUCAGAACCAGUAUUUUUAAAAGAGAAUGAUUCUUUUGAUAACUUUGAUGAUUUUUAUGUACGUCGAUUUGCAGAAUAUAAGGGGUUUAAAGUGAAACUUGGGUAUGUAAAAAUAGUUGAUGCUACUAAAAGCAGUAAGUGGGUUCUUCAAAUGACUAAAAAAGCUACUAAUAAUAAAUACCCAUGUGUAUUUGUUACUGAUAGUAAUCUAGGAAUGGAACAUGCAAUAACUUUAGAGUAUCCAGAAAUGCAUCACCUUUUUGUAUUUGGAGAUUCAUUUGAGAAAUUUUAUAGCAAAUUCUGGCAAUAUAGGAAUGCUGAUACAUUAUAUGGCUUUGAAUACUAUUGGAAUCAACUUAUGAACUUCUCUGAUGCAAAACCAUAUCUUGAAUGGUAUCUUUAUGAAUGUCAACAUUCAUAG